AUAUAUUGUAGAAGGAUUUUGAAAUAAAACUUUCAGUAAUGCAUAUCAUUGAUUUUCUAGACAUAAGGUUUGAACUUGUAGGAGCAGUAAAAAAUAAGUUUAUUAAUCAAACGUGACUUUUGAAAAUCUGCAAUUCUUGUUUUUCUUGGAUCAAUAAUUUUGUCAGAAAGAUAGAUCAACGUACACUUCACUUCUCACUCCGGUAUCAAGGUCACUUUACUUCUCACCCCGGUAUCAAGGUCAAGGCCCCAACAGGUGAUCCCAAUGGCCCGAGGGAACAGCUGACCAGCCAUCAGACAACAUUCCUUCCCUGGACGUAUGGCAUACUUUGUAGAACGCCUUGUUUAUAUGACGCUCUUAGCAUAACAUCGCAGACCUUCAAGUCUAUCACGUGAUCUGUACUGGCCAAUUGCAAUCUGCGAAGUUAAGUCCUGCAGUAACUGCGUUUAUUUUUAUGCGCUUGUGGAAGUCUGUCUGGUUUUCAUUACUUACUGUACCUAGAAAACCGGCUGCUGUGGGGUUUGCUAUUGAUCCAAUCGGUUUAUAAAUCAGACUGUUUGAACAUCGUCUUGUCUGAGGAGUUCUAGACGAAAAUUCUGAUCAGUUAGAACUGGUGGAGAAGACAGCGAUAAAACCUAGAUUCCGUUCGCAAAAUUUCUGAUACCGCUGUUAAGCCUAUUUGGAGGUAAAAUAGACGGAGACCAAAGACCUUGCAACACCUGUCACAUCUACUGUUAGUGAUAAACGAAAGAUUUACAGAGCAUUUUCUUUGUGUGCGUCCUUAGUCUGGUCCCCUUUAAGGCAAUGAGUGCUCCUCUCGGAUCUGGAGAAAGGCCACGGUGGGUGAAUCCAUGUGGCCUUCCGGACCACUUAUUGGAUCCUGACUCAGAUUUGCAGAAUCUCCCGCCCUUUACGGCGAAAGAACUCGUAUCGAAGGUGGUGGAGGUUACAGAAUCCGCCAAAAACCACGCGGAGGCCGUGGAGCAAGAAUUUAGAAAGGAAGUGUUCAAAGACUCUGCCUUUAACGUGGACUAUAUGCGGCAAGAGUGGCUGCCCGUUAUUCCACCCACCUCCGAGGAUCACUUUGGGGGAAUAGAUGUUAAAGAAGCCUACAAAAAAGCGUUCGAAUACCUGCAGUACUAUGCUGUAGGGGUGGAUGAGAUGAAGAUGGACCAAGUUCUUCAUCCAGAGAGUGGACAGUUUCUUGAUCACUUCCAAGAAGUAGAAAACAGGAUUCGAGAGGUGUUAUGUGAGCUUCAGUUGGGCAUGUACACUUUAAAGAUCAGACAAAAUCCAGACGUGAUGAAAAACGUCAUGUCCACAGAGUACAGGGAUAUUCCAGAGGAGAGUAAGCGGAACUUAAGGGACUACCUCAUUCUCCGCGAUUACUUGAAGAGUAUUACUUACAUUUGGGAGCUUUUCAGACACCUUUUGAAAAUAUCGUAGAGAUAUCUUAGGCUGGAGCGUCCCCUGGUGGGAAUUUGUUUCCAGCUCCUUUGUAGCAAGUGAUAUGUUUUCAUAGUUUAAUUUAUUUAUUUAUUUUGUAUAUAUGUAUAAAAUUUUUAACUUAUAGACUUACUCAAAAAUAUUUAUAUUCAAGUUGUAUAGAAAUCUGUAUUGAUAAAUGGCACUUUUCUUUAUGUGAUUCCGUCCACAGUUUAUUUCUAAAGCAUUAACAAAAAGUUAUUAUUUUUAAUCGUAGUUAUGCAUUAAAAGUAUAAUAGCUCCUUUAGUUCAGCAACUAUUGUAUUUAUAUCAUCUACUGGUUGUCAUGCUUUUCUGUUUUUAACCUUUGGAACAUAU